UGGUGGCGCCUCCUUGACGCUUCGGCGGCGGUCACAAAAAAGGGGCGUCCUUGCAUCCUUGCCGCCAACGGCCGCCAAUCGCAAACGUCACCCAGUCACCGGUGCGUGCGGAUCAGCGGUGCCAUCCGGUAAAUCUUUGUCGACACUGGUUGACACGUACUACCAAACAAAAAAGCGAUGGGUCCCCUGAACCUCGGCGAUCCUUUCCCCAACUUCACCUGCGACACGACUGAGGGCAAGAUCGACUUCCACGAAUGGCUCGGCAACUCGUGGGGCAUCCUGUUCUCGCACCCUGCCGACUACACCCCGGUGUGCACGAGCGAGCUGGCCAGGGCAGCACAGCUGCACCACGUCUUUCAAAAGAAGGGUGUCAAGCUCAUCGCUCUCUCCUGCGACAGUGUGGAGAGCCACCGUGGUUGGAUCAAGGACAUCAACGCCUUUGGGGAGCUGCCGGACGGGCCCUUCCCGUACCCCAUCAUCGCCGAUGAGAAGCGCGACAUUGCCGUCAAGCUGGGCAUGCUGGACCCUGUGGAGAAGGACAAGGAAGGGCUGCCCCUCACCUGCAGGGCGGUGUUCAUCAUUGGUCCCGACAAGAAAAUGAAGCUCUCCAUGCUGUAUCCCGCCACGACUGGAAGGAACUUCGACGAGGUCCUGCGUGCCACCGAUUCCCUGCUGGUGACAGAGACCAGGAAGGUGGCGACGCCUGCUGGUUGGCAGAAGGGCACCCCGUGCAUGGUCCUGCCUUCGGUGACCGAGGAAGAGAUUCCCAAGCUGUUCCCGACGGGCAUCAAGCAGUAUGAAGUUCCGUCUGGCAAGAACUACCUCCGAACAACCAUGGACUGAACGCCGCCUCGACUGGGUGCUUGCCGCAACAAGUUUCCUGCAAUCGCUUCUAUUUUUCUACUAAAUAUUUAA